CAGAAAAAGAAAAUGGUGAGCAGGACGGAGAGCGACGUGCAACAGUGUCACGCACAUCCACAGAAACAUUAAUGCAAAAGAGGAAAAGGAGGAGAAGAAGAGAGAGGAAGUGGGUUAUGGAGAGAGAGAGAAGGGAGAGGCCCACGCUCUCGCGUUUCGCCUUUACAACGUCCAGCUGCGAGGGGAACGCCCCCUGGGAAAAUUGACGGGGAGAGAACGGCCUUCCCCAGUCGUGGUUUUGUGCGGUUGAACCGUCGAUGAAGAUGCUCGUCAUUCUGAUUCACGAGCGCUAAUGCGGCGAGACCUGCGCGCGCGCGCGCGCGCGUCUGGAAAGAAGGGGGACGCCUCAUGGUCGUCCAUCCAAAUUUAGCCCCGUGAUUUUCUCGCUUUUGCCCUUCCAAUGCCAGCGCCCCCAUGCGGUUUUUCAGUUUUUUUCCCUCUCUUUUUCCUUCUCGUUGAUGCCUGGCUUUUCUUUGAUUAGUGUAUUCUGCGCGUUUGGACUUCUCGUGCGCAUAUUAUAAUACGCGGGCUUUACUGGGUUUUUUUUUUUUUCCUUUCUUGGGGGGUAGUUUCUAAUUUCGUUUUGUUUGCUUUUUUUGGGUGUGUGUCGUGUUCAAUGAGAUCCUAAAGGGCCGAGCUUUCGCAGCGUUGAUUUCCUUUUAGGGUUUCUGCGUCUUGAUCUCUCCUUUUUCGGGGGAGGGGGUGGGAGCGAAGCUUUCUCCUUUUGUGUUUGGAACUGGGCGUUGCUCAGUUUCUUUUGCUUUUUGGUCAGAAUUCCGUUUGUCUUUUUUUUUUCCCUUGUGAAUCCCAACUGUUUAGUUAUGAGGCUCUGCCGCGAUCGAGGAUGAUCCUCGUUUUGGACUAGCGAUUUGUGAGCGUUGCGUGGUUUGGGUGGCGUUUGUUCCGGGUCGAUACGAUUUGCUUAUAGCGAGUUUGGGCCUGUGGAAAGAGAUGAGCUGCUUCUCUUGUAUUAGCUCUCGCCGUCGUAAAGACGGUAGCAGGAUUGAAAUCGAUAAUGGCAUUCGAUCUAGCUCUCGCUACUCGGCUGAUUCCUCAGGAAGCGGGAAGCGCAAAGCUUAUUAUGAUGAAGAUGGGAGUGGAAGCAGAAAAGGAUCUAGAAAUGGCAAGAACAAGAUUGGAAGUAGUCAAAAAGGCAAUGCAGCACGGAGCUUCACAUUUCGUGAAUUGGCGACAGCGACGAGAAACUUUAAGGAAGUAAACUUAAUUGGUGAAGGGGGGUUUGGAAAGGUUUACAAGGGACGGUUGGAAACAGGCGAGGUGGUUGCAAUAAAACAACUCAAUCAUGAUGGUCUUCAGGGAUUUCAGGAGUUCAUUGUGGAGGUUCUUAUGUUGAGCCUAUUGCACCAUUCCAAUCUAGUGACUCUGUUUGGAUAUUGUACCGAUGGAGAUCAAAGACUGUUGGUUUAUGAGUUCAUGCCAAUGGGUAGCUUGGAAGAUCAUCUAUUCGAUCUCGAUCCUGGUAUAGCACCUCUUAAUUGGAGCACAAGGAUGAAGGUUGCUGUAGGUGCAGCAAGGGGCCUUGAGUACCUACACUGCAAAGCAAAUCCACCUGUUAUUUACAGGGACUUGAAGUCAGCAAAUAUCUUGCUUGACAAUUAUUUUAAUCCAAAGUUGUCAGAUUUUGGGCUGGCUAAAUUAGGACCUGUUGGUGAUAAUACUCAUGUUUCGACUAGAGUGAUGGGAACAUAUGGAUACUGUGCCCCUGAGUACGCUAUGAGUGGCAAAUUGACUCUUAAAUCUGAUAUCUAUAGCUUUGGUGUGGUUCUUUUGGAGCUCAUUACUGGACGAAAGGCUAUAGAUUGCACCAAGAAGCCGGGAGAACAAAAUCUGAUCGCCUGGUCUAGGCCAUAUCUGAAGGACCGGAGGAAGUUUUCCCAAUUGGCCGAUCCUCUACUACAAGGACGCUUUCCUGUACGCUGCCUUCAUCACGCAAUUGCCAUCACCGCAAUGUGUCUCCAGGAACAGCCUAAUUUCCGUCCACUCAUUGGCGACAUCGUCGUCGCGCUCGAGUACCUGGCGACUCAAACUGGCAGUCCUAGUAAAAGCAGGGCUCACAGUCCAUCCUCGCAAUCGCCCCAUAGAAGAUUGGAUUCCAGAACUAGUGCAAUCUCGGUUUGACCGGUCACGAGCUGCCAUCAUGUAUGACAACUGCAUGUACAUUUUGUUUCAUAUUUUGGUCUUCCUCUUUGGGUUGACAAUGCUCGGCGCCGACGGUUGCCGAAGCAUAUGGUGGAGGGGCUUCCUCAUGUGGUUAUUGUAUGGAAAAAGAUUUGUGGAGAAGAUAGGGGCAAAAGAUGGGUCGUUCACAUCCCUUUGAUUUCCCAAAUAUGUUGAUAUAGUGGCCUUUAGUUAUUUGGAGCACUCGUGAA